AUGCUGAUGGACGCCUACCGCGACGAACGUCCCGGGAUUCGCAUCGCCUACAGGACGGCCGGUCACCUGCUGAAUCAACGACGGAUGCACUUCCAAUCACGCCUAUCCACAACAACCGUUCACGAACUCCUCUUCGCCGACGACUGCGCCCUGAACACCACCUCAGAAGAGGAGAUGCAACGGAGCAUGGACCUGUUUUCCGCCGCUUGCGAGAACUUCCGUCUGGUCAUUAACACGCAGAAGACGGUGGUGAUGCACCAACCGCCACCCAACUCAGUCACAGCCCCCAACGCGCCGCAAAUAAACGUGAAUGGGACUCAACUGCAAGUGGUAGACAACUUCCCGUACCUGGGCAGUACCCUCUCACGCAAUACCAAGAUCGACGACGAAGUCGCCAACAGGACCUCGAAAGCUAGUCAAGCCUUCGGUCGUCUCCAAAGCACAGUUUGGAAUCGUCACGGUCUUCAACUGAGCACGAAGCUGAAGAUGUACAGGGCCGUUAUCCUGCCGACGCUACUGUACGGAGCAGAGACCUGGACGGUGUACACGAGGCAGGCACGCCGUCUGAACCACUUCCACCUCCGUUGUCUUCGUCGCAUCCUGCGGCUGAACUGGCAGGAUCGCAUCCCCGACACUGAUGUGCUGGAACGAACGGGAAUGCUCAGCAUCUUCUCCAUGUUGAGACAAAUGCAGCUGCGCUGGAGCGGCCACCUGGUGCGCAUGGACGACGAGCGACUACCCAAACGACUCUUCUACGGAGACGUCGCGACGGGUUCUCGUCGUCAAGGAGGCCCAAUUCGUCGAUACAAGGAUACCCUGAAGUCCUCCCUGAAGCUACUGCAAAUCAACCCGAUCAACUGGGAGGAGCUCGCCUGCGAUCGUCCGGCAUGGAGGAGAACAGUGAAGACGGGCGCUGCUAUCCACGAAGCCAACCGCAUCGCCGCCGCCAAAGCAAAACGCGAAGCCCGCAAAUCACAACUGCGCCCAGUCAGCAACGCCGCCGCACAACCGCUCCCUACGUGUCCUCGAUGUUAG